UGGCUACAAGGAAUAAUGAUGUUGAAGUCUCUAGCUUUUGUGUUCUGUUUGGCACUGGUCGGGCAGUAUGCCGAUGGCGCUCAAAGUGUUCAAAAGGACGAAAAGCCAGAUGUAUUGAAGAAUUAUCCUGGGUGUUACGUGUCAUACCUGGGUCGUGUCCUGGCCUUCGGUGUUAGAGCGCCUGAUGAGAGUGGAGUUUGCCGGGAAUACAUCUGUCCAACUGAUUCAUCGGAUGAGGCAUACCACAUCGUAACCUGUCCCAAUUAUUCAGAAGAAUGCAUCCUUAUUCCUGGCGACUCAGACGCUUUGUACCCCGACUGCUGUGACAAACUUGACAGCGAGAAGACCAUCGCCAGUGGAGCCCAAUGCUACGCGACAUCAUAAACAUUUCUUGUCUGUAAUCUACGAGUAAAUGAAUUGCUGAAUUGCA